AUGGCUUCCAAACAGAUGGUGCAUAUGAAUCAAGGACAAGGCGAAACUAGCUACGCUCACAACUCCAGUUUUCAGCCUUCAUUGGCUCUCAAAGGUAUGCAUUUGUUUGACACCACUCCAGCAGCAUUCGUCCCUUCAUUAUCUGAUCGUUCAGAGACACAGGCUCCUGAAGAUUUAAGGAUAAACCAAAUCCCGGCGUAUGACAUCGAUGAGAAUGUCAGGCGUGAAAGACUCCCAGUGGUUGCUGGAGCUUAUGCACGGCAAUUCAGGAAAGAUUUCACACUUUUCCUGCAGCUGAGAGGCCAAGAAUUGGUCCCAGAAGGCCGGAUGGUUGUUUCGCUCCCGGGGAGGCGUUCUGAUGAGCCCGUCACCGAGAGUUCUCUCAUCUGGGGAACUGCAGCUCAGAUUUUAGGCGCCAUGGCCUCGGAGGGUGUGAUUGACAAGGAAAGGCUUGAUUCUUUGUACAUACCGGUGCAUGGACCUUCGGAUGAAGAGCUGAGAGAGAUCAUCCAAGAAGAGGGCUCCUUUUCAAUCUCUGAGAUGCGGGUGCACGACCCUAUAAGCGGCAUGGACCGCGCGCUCCUCACCCCAAACAGGAUGGUGAAUAGCCUGAGAGCUGCUUUCGAGCCAAUAAUAGUCCAGCAUUUUGGAUCGCCAGGAGAGAUCAUGGACGAAUUCGUGAGGACCGGCGAGGAGCACUUGAGCCUGCAGCGCAGGUCACAAGUUAAGCAUGCCAGAAACCCGAGAGUUAUGCUGGUUGUAUCACUCACCAAGGCAUGA